AUGUCUGGACGUAAAAUUGGCGGUGGCCGCAUUCUCGGUAGCGGCAAGGGCCUGGCACCUCCGACUCUUCCGUCGGCACCCAGAUCCACGAGCCCGCUUCCACCCUCCGAGAGCACCGCGUCUAUGGGCUCAGUAUCAAUGUCACCGCCGGCUAGUGGGAGCUUGCCUGAGCUCGGCCAAGAUAUCCGUGCUAGCAUAAGCGUCGGAUCUCAGGGCAAGGCCGAUGCGGCUGACGCUACUGGUCUGGUUUGCCCUAUAUGUAAUGAAGAAAUGGUCACCUUACUCCAACUCAACCGACAUAUCGACGAUAGCCAUCAAGAACUACCAGAAGCAGCGCAGGAUGAGGUCAAAUCCUGGUUCGAUAAGCAGGUCCUCAAAGCCAAGCGUUUCCAGCCACUAUCUCUGAUAAACCAGAAGCUACGCGGGCUGGAAGUUUUCGAGUCGAACGAAUCACAUCCUAUUCCGGUACCUGUCCCAGGUGCUGCCGUAGGAAAGGCGCCAUCUGAGGCACCUCUAGAUCCCGAUGACCUUAUAACUCGAAAGCACUGGCAACGACCGACGAGCCAUGACUUAUGUACAGAUCCUGCGUGUGGGAAAAGGCUUGGCGCUAUGAAUGGCAGUAUUAACUGUAGACAUUGCGGGCGGCUAUUUUGCGAAGAGCACACCAUGUAUCAAAUGAAGCUUAGUAGAAGCGCGAACCACGAACCCGUGCGGGGAUACUGGGCAAGAGUAUGUGAGACAUGCUAUAAAUCCAGGGACGGGUACAACGACCACAACGGAGUGCUGGUCGAUCACAUGAAUACUUUUGCUGAAAUCAGAAGGAAGAAAGUGGAACGACAAAAACUCGAAGUUUCAAGGUUGGAGAAGCGGUUGUCAAAAUUGACGAGGAUAUUGGCCAACCCGCCUGAGAAGCUGCCGUCGCAAAAUGGAUCAUUGCUUUCCCCUGUAUCGACGCUCACUGGACAGAAAAAUACGAGAAAAUUACUAGAGCAAUCCGUCGUCACUUGGGAGGACGAUGAAAAGGUAUCGAAAUGUCCGUUUUGUCAGCAAGAGUUUGAAGUUGGCCUCAAUGUUACUCCUGUUCCGGCCAAACAUGGAGCGGAAAAGCCGGAGGCAAAUGGGGAGAGCAGCCUCGCACUCAAUAUACGCAUGUGCCGUGAAUGCAAUCAUACUAUUUUCUCCGGUCGUGACUUCACAGAGUCGCUACUACACAAGCCUCCAGAUCAAAAGGCAUAUGAGACCCUGCGGCAAUUCGAACGAGGUAUUCGCCAACUGCUUCCUUCAUUCCACCGAGCUCUUCAAGCUUUGCAAACGCCAACGCUGCCCAACGGAGAGAUGGACCUAUCCGUACCUCCGCCAAGCCAUGCACAAAUCCAAGAAGCCAGCAAGAUUCGGAAAAGGCUGAUAGACAGUUUCGGCAAGUAUGGUAUGGCGGCAAAGAGAUUACGAGACUUGAAAACAGACAGCCCGACGCAGCGAAUGCUACAGCAGGCCGUGUACACGUACACGAACAGCUUCCUCCACACAAACAUGUUGCCGCUCAAAAGCUUACCGCAGGUGUUGCGCCACCGCUCCACGCCGUCACAGUCUUCUCGUUUGCCCGCAACGCCGUCGCAGUCUACAUCGAGCUUGCGACAUUCGGAGCUUGCUUCAGACGCCGGAUCCCAGGCGGCCAGUGAAGCCAGCACCGUUGUCAGCCAAUUAGAGACGGAAGAGAAGGAUCUCAAGGAGCGAUUGGCCAUACUGGAGGAACAAAAAUACAUGGUGGAGGAGAUGAUUCGUUCUGCUUCCGGAGCGCGACGAUUUGAAGAAGUCGGCGCUUUGUCUCGAAAUGUUGACGAGCUGGACCAGGAGAUUCAGCAGCUCAAGACAAAAGUAGGGCAUGUGGAGCAGAAAUGGGAGGGCGUGUAUCGCAAUGGGGUGUCCUAG